AUGGACGCAAGCGGCGCUGAUCCGGCGGCGGUGACGGCUACCGAGCCAACGCCGGCUACCGCCAGCAGCCAGCAGCCACCCGUACCCGGGAACGUCGAAUCAAAGUCACCAGAACAAAGGAUCAACGAGUCCGCCAGCGAACCUCGCGAAUCGGCACCCCCACCGCCGGACGUCGCAAGCACCAACGCACCCGCACAAGCCGCAGCACCAUCCACCUCGAAGCCUACUCCACCACCUUCGGCUGUCCACCCAAAGCCAAAGGUCUUUCUCAAAAGCUCAGCGCCCGAUCUGCCCUUGCACAUACACAUCCCACGCGAGCUUACGUCCGAAGUAUUCAGGGAGCUCUCGAUCACCAUUCGAUCGCACGGCGGCGUCAUCGAGUCUCGCCUUGGCAAAGCAGACCUCAUCGUCGUAGAUCCCGACAUGCCCACCGCCGCAAAACGGUACCUGAGGGAAGCCAGGCAAAUUGGCCAACCCAUCCCCGUCGUGGUCAUCAACUACCUUCAUGACUCGGUCGCCUUCGGUCUCCGUGCUGAUCCAGAGGAUCCAAAGUACAAGUUCGACGGCAUCCCGCCAGCGGCAGCCCCCUCGACCAGGGCACAAACUGCACCGGCCCAGCGCUCUCACAACGGUCGCAAUCCUUACACAGAAGACGAUCGCAAGGCCAUCAUCUCGUACUUUGUAGAGAGGCACGAGUCAACCUGGAGCCUCAAUUCCGCCGCCAAGGAGCUUGCCGAUCUCCUUCCCACCCACUCAUGGUCCAGCUUCCAGUCUUACCUGCAAGCAAACUUUGAAAAGGGCUGGAACCUCAAAAAGAGCAUCCUCGCCACGCGCCAGCAACUCUUAGACGCCGAGCCUUCCGAGCUGCAAGCACGCAUCCUCCGAUCCAGGUACACCGCCUCCCCUUCCCUCGCAGAACAGUCGGAGCCCUCAGAAGGCUGGCCAGCAACGUCCCCUCAACCCGCACAGCGAUCCCCGAGUCCGCGCACAUCUGGCGCUGCAGCUCAAGCCAGCAGCAGCAAUGCUCCCGCAGAGAGCGACACUGACGAUCUCGAGGUGCGACGGCCCCAACCAGGGUCCGCAGUACAAGAGGUAGAGAAGAGUCCCACCAAGCAGGGCCACAACCCAGAUGCGUCAACGUCACAACACCUCGAUCUGGAAGUGCAGCCCCGAUCCACCGAAUCUCCGCCUUCGUCUCUCGAGCUUCCGUCGGGUCAGCGCGCUCUACUCACCCAACACGCACCCGCUCGGGCCUCGUCCAUCGACGAGGAAUCGGAUCCCGAAACGUUUCAAGAGGCCAUCCUCAAGCAGCUGCGCGAAAAGGAGGCCGGAGGCGCCAAAUCAUCGCAAAAGGCAAAGAAGAAGCCUGCACGCCGGCGACGCAGGUCUAGCGCCUCCGAAUCUUCUGCCCCCGCAUCUGAAGUCGACGAGCUCGAGCUAUCCCAGGAGCAAGGCACCAACGGCGGGACACCGAAUGGAGCUUCUCGGACCACUGAGCGAUCCGAGCAACCAGACGAUGAAGACUCGGAGUGGGAAGGCACCCGUCUGGCAGAGAGGAGCAUCCGCAAGAAGAUCCACAAUCCGGACAAGAAGUCGCACGUCAAAUUCACAGAGGAGGAGAAAGACGAGCUCCUUCGGCGGCUAGCCGAGUACGUCCAGCAGCAGGGGCAUGUACCCGACGCAUCGACGCAGCAAGCGCUUCUCGCCAAGCCUUCAGAUGCCUUCUGGGACGAAUUCGCUGAACGCAACUCGACACACUCGGCCUUGUCGUGGCGCAGCCACUACCUCAAGAACCGUGCCACGUACAAACAGAUGAUCGAUCUCAUCAUCGCCGAGGGCGACAACGAGCUCAGCGAGUCCAGCUCAUACGCCGAUGCCGACGACAAUGGAAGCCAGUCGUCCAUCGCAGAGCGCAAGGCCGACGACGGGGAGGGCGCCGUUCCGAGCGAUGCAGCCGCUCCACAGGAACGCUCGCCUCGAGCUCUGGACGGAGCUAGAUCUUCGGAUGCAAGAGCCCAAGCAUCGGCGCGCGACAGGAGCAUGCCAGAUGACGGUAUCGUGGUGGAAAUUCCCUUGCUCGCCACCUCGGAACCACCUGGUUCAGCGCAGGACAAUGCGCCGUCUCCAUCUCCAGCGCAGGCAGACCGGCAUUCUUCACCUGCAGCGAUCGCGAUGCAGGAGGUGCAGUGGCCCGGAGAGAUGACCCCGCCCCUCAUGGAAGAAGAGGACGAAGACAUGCUUCAGGUCGAGGUUGCAGUCAACCCGCAUGAACGACAACCAACGCCUCAUCCUGAGGUAUUGGCCGAGGUCCAUGCUCCCGAGCAACUUCAAGAGGAUGCGGAUGAUGCUGACGAUUCGGACGACGACUACGAGCUGGAAGAAGCGAGCGAGUCCUCAGACGACGGCGAGUCAGAAGAGGCGAGCGAAUCAGACGAGGGUAACGCUUUGGAAGAAGUCGAAAAGUCGGGCGAAGCAGAGGAGUCGGGCGAGGUUGAAAAGUCGGGCGAAGCAGAGGAGUCGGAAGAAGUCGAAAAGCCGGCCGAAGCAGAGGAGUCGGACGAAGUUGUCCAAGGAGAUACAGCAGAUGCGGUGGCUGACACCUCAGCAUCGAAGGCCUCCUCGGCAGCGGAACAACAGAGAGCGUCGGAAUCACCAGCGACCAAGCGACCUGUCGACAUUGGGACACCUGUCUUGGCUCAGCAUCGCAACACCACCUUUGUCGACUUUUCGAUCGACAGCGAUGAGGAGCAGCGCAUCCGGAAAGCUAGGUCUCGACCAUCUUUGCCAAAUCUUGCCGCGAGACCAGAAGGGCCAGUGUCCGGGUCACCCAGGGGCAAUCGCAUCCUCGAUUUCCGUGCCCUGCUGCCGCGGGUUCAACAGGCAAGUGCGGCUCGAUCGCCGCAGCGCGCGUCGAGUCGCAUGGAAGAGGAGCGGGUCCUCCGGGUAUCCGACUGGACUCGGAGUGUCUCUGCUUCGCCUUCAUCCAGAAGUCCUGAGAUUCCGCAGGGAGUCCAGGCGCCUGUGGCCGGCGAGACGUCUAGGUCGAGAGCCAGCCGCAUCAACCGCGAAAAACUAAUUGGUGCAGAGCGCAUCCUGCCGAUCUCACCAAAACUGCGGCAGGCGCCGCGUGGAUUGGAACGGGAGAGCGUAAGUGUCCAUCGAAGCAGCGUGCCUUCUUCGACCCGGAUUGCAUCGGCAGCUGCGCCCGCAGAGCGUCGCACCGCUUCAAAGACCGACGAAGUGGCUGCACGCUUGCAGUACCGCGCCGAUGUGGAGCGAUUCCGUCAAGACUUCGGUUUGAACAAGGAAGAGCUGCGCGAGCUGUUGAUGCGCUUCCGAGCCAGCGUCAAAGAUGCACGCAGGUUCAUUGACCGCUGGCUCGCGACGGUGACCGAAUCUUAUGACGUGGAGGCCGCUGUGGCAUUCGAGUACGUCAAGACGUCGCGCGGCGACUUUGAGCAGGCGGAAACCUUCCUCAAAUUGGCUUCUCUUACUAGGUCCGGCAGUCAUUCUGGCCGAGCCGACACGAGCCUAUCGCGCAGCAAGGUCUCUUCGACGAGUCCGAGUAAACGCCUUGGACGAAGCGACGAACGAGACGCCAGGCUCUUUGGCGCGUCGGAGGCUCGCAUCCCCCCUUCCAAGAGAUCGAGAAGGUGA